AUGGAAUCUGCAAACGCCCAGGUUGUUGGAUGUAUAAACAACCGACUGCUGCUUCCCCCCAUACCAUAUGCUAUGGCACAAUUAGUAACGUACACCCCCUUGAGGGAAUUGUUUGCAGAAAGAAACUAUCAACCUUCGUUGUCACAGCUGUUGAACUUGUUGAGCGAUGAUGCAUUGUUAAAUAAUCUCACUCCUAUACAGGAACAUUCUUUACUGGUGGAAUGUGUCAUUAUAGGGUUUCUCUCUACAAGAUCGGGGAAACUAUUACAAUCAGCUUUGUUUAACGACAAACACCAACAAGAUACUUUUUUGGAAAAUCAAUACAAGAAAUGGUUAACAUCCACUGAUAUUUCCAAGACGGCACAUCAAUAUUUAAGGAAAAAAUGGUCUUCCAAUAAAUUAUAUUUCCUAAAAUUUACCAAAUUCUUAUUAGUUAAUGCAGAUGGGAACAUCAACGUUGACAAGUAUACGGAACCGAUUUAUAAAUUACCAUUAAAUUUUUUAUUCGAUGACAAUACCAAUCUCAUGCCCACUUUUAUCUUGGAUAACAAGUAUAAUCUUUUGCAAGAUUACAUUUAUGCAUGUGGCCCACUUCUGAAAUGCGUAAUGAAGGAUACGUUAGAGAAUGGUAUUUGCUUGGAUCUACCAGGAAUUUAUAAAUUAGAUAUCGAUUUACAGUUUCCUUAUCCUUGGUACGAUCUACUUCCACCAAUGCAUGAAGGCCAUCUCAACGCUACCAAACAAAAUAAUAACAGUAAUAAUAUUCCCCUUACAAUGCAACCGUCCAUUAAAACAAAUAAUAAUGGCGCUAAUAAUAAUAACCAAACAGUUUACUCCUUCGAUCUUAACACUGACAAGACUUUUGAACUAGAUAACGUCGUUUCCCACACAGCAAAGAGACAUCGUGUUCUUAAUCAACUGAUUAAUAACAACGAUUUAAAGACAACACCUUUACUCACUUUACAAUUUACAUUCAUGGCAGGUUUAGUAGAUCCAUUAUCUCAACCACCUCCAAACAACAAACAAGUGAUCUCAUUACAUCUGUUAUAUUCCAUGUUUAUUGGGUUAAUGUAUCCGAAUUUAAAAGAGUGUUUCAAUGCAAACGAUGGGUUUAAUUGGAAAUUUCAUAUUUGUUUCAAUAUGGUCAAACUAAUUAAUAAUUCCAUGGUAAUAUUAAAAUGUGACAAUUUCAACAAAUUGAACGAUAUAAUCAAUAGCAAUAAUGAUAACGAUGAAGGAACUGAAAAUGAUGAUGAUGAUGCGUGGAAACUGAAACUAAAUGAAUGGAUCCCGCACGGUAUCAAUACUCAAGAUCUAGAAUUAAUUUAUAUGAUUAAUAUCAUGGCCGUCUAUACAAUAUAUCAAUUAUAUUCAGAUUUACCCAUUCAAAUGAAUCCAUUCCUAUCAUGUUUAAUUACAUUGUGGAAAAAUUUAUCAGCAAUUAUCCUAUUGGGUUUAGACAUUGAUCGAUCCGAGGAGGCACGUAAAACUUUUAGCACCCCCCUUUUGGUGAGAGCAACUAUUCGUGGAGCUGCCUCAUUAAGAGCUGUGGUGGCAACUAUACUGAAUAAUCAUGUCGACGUAAAUGAACAUGAUUUCAAACAUGAACCAUUAAACACUUUCAUGUCACCGCAUGGGAGGAAAUUAUGUCAAGGUGCUCUUUAUGCUGAUAUUAGAUCCCAUGCAGCUGCAAUCUUGGCCUUAGGAGCCGAAUUGGAAGAUGUUACUGAUUUAUUGACUGAUUUACAAGCUGGUGAUAGAUUUGAUGAAGAUAUAAGAUACAUGUUUGAUUACGAAUAUGAUGAUUAUAAUGAUUUUAAGGAUGAUGUUGAAGAACAAGAAGAAAUGGAGAUAAUGGGAUCCUUCCCUAGAAGGUGUAAUUGUAUCUUUGAAGAUGAUAAUAUUAUAAAUGAUGAUACAGACAAUAUAAAUGAAAAUGAUGAAGAUGACGACGACGAACAAGAAGAAUACGUCGAUGCUAUUGAAGGAGUCACAAAGGAUACACCCCAUAAUAAUUUGAACCCACAUGAUGCAAUAAGAACAAGAAACUCACAUCCAAAUUCCAAAAGAUCAAAAUCAUCAUUCGAAUUUGAUUAUGGUGGUAAAGAUUGGAGGGAUAUACCGCGUGGGUUCAAUCUUUAUUAUUCUCCAUCUUAUCAUUUUAUCAAAUCCCCAAUGAUGGAAACCAUCUCUACAUUGACUUCAAAAGCAACUAAUGAGAAAUUGACCACUGAAGAUUCGACAUUAUUGAUAACAGCUGUUGCCUCAUGUAUUAAGCUAGAGCAGGAUAAAAUGAUAUCAAAAGAACUCCUAAAACAUAAUACUGUCAAACAUCCUCACGCGGCGGAAAAUGAAGAUGAUGCUGACUUUAAGAUAGCCACCCCGGAUGAUAUUUAUGAUAUGUGGUCUGAGGAAUCUAAAUUUGAAAGAAUGCUAUACUUGAAUCAAGAUGUCGCCUGGAGGUUGAUGGAUGAAAUGUUAAUGUGCAAUGGGUAUCGUCGUGUAUUAAUUUGGUUUAUUACUCAUAUGGAAUUGAACCAUUCAUUAAUUCAAUAUAUAUUUGAAUUGGUUAUGGGAUUACGUGGUUCGCCCUUCUCUGGUGAAGGUGACGAAACAGAUUCCAAGAAUGAUCUCUUACAUGAGAUAAUGUACGGUCAAGUGAAAAAUAAAGAAAUUGUAACAUCUUUAACCUAUCUACCUUUCUCUAGACAGGGACCAUUGAUAUUAUCAGAGAUUGAAAAUAAAAUGUUAUUGCAAGAAUUCUUCACUAAUGCAGCAAUUUAUUUUUCAUCAAAAUCGAACAAUGAAGGGACCACUAAUAAUGAUAAUGGUGAGGGUAUUGAUGAGGAAGCUGUAAAUUUCUCAGUUUAUUCCACGGGAUUAGUCAAAUUAAUAUGUUUUAUGGUACAAUCUUUAAUGGAGAAUAAUAAAUUUGAUUUUGCUAAAUCGGAAUGUACGUUUGAAUUACAAACAUUAUUAAUGAAUUGGAUAGGUAUUAUCCCUGAAGCUGAAGAUUUGUUUUUCACGUUAAAAUCUGGUGUGUCAUCAUCAUCCACCAAAACUGGACGUGAGAGUGACGAUCAUGAUAAUACUCACGCCGACAAUUUAUCAUUUAGUGACGAUGGCGACACUGGUCACCCAGGUAUAUCUCGAUUUGACACUGAUGACAGCCCCCCAAAUGAAUCAAUAUUUAAUAAGAGAUUAGUUAGUCUACUGCCCAAGAGGAUUAAUGAUAAAGAUGAGAAUGCAGCGGUAUCAACAUUACGUCAUUUUAUUGAAAGGUAUUCAUUUGAUGAAGAAGCGCCCGUAUAUGGUAGAAAAGUGGUGUACAGUGAUGAAAUUGUCUUGCCAUUACCGGCUGCAGAUCAACCUAUAAGUUUCCACGAGUAUUUAACUGAGUUAGAUGAUGAAAUUCGUGAAAAUUCAAUGUAUGAUUAUACAAAGGAAAAAUGA